CAUUUUCUUCAUUCGUCUUUGUGCAUCCGCCCGCUCUGGAUUCGCUCCGCGCUCGCAGUGUGUGAAAAGUGCAAUAUUUUAUCCGGAAGUUUGUGACUUUGUUCUUGUGACUGCUGCAUCUGUGCUAAGCUUAUAAUUUUGUGAACCAACAUGACUGACACCGAAAAGAAUGCACCAGAGGCUACCGCCGAAGUCACAGAGACGACGAAUGAUCAGAACGAUGGAACGGAGGGAGAUGUGCAAAAGGAUAACGAACAUCAACGCACCAUUAAUGUGGGUAAUUUGCCCAAGGAUGUAACGGAGCAGCAGCUGCGCGAUCACUUCACUGGGCACGAAGUGGAGCGCGUUGAGAUUCAUCACUACCUUCGCAACACUCUGGCGCUGCUAGUGUUCAAGGAGAAGGCGGCCGCUCAAAAGGCCUGCGAGGAGAAGGAUGGCUCGAUGUUGAACGGGCGUCGGCUUCGCAUGCACAUCGAGUAUAUUACCAUCCGGUACACGAAGAAGGACGUGAUUGUGGUUGUGGUCGACGAUGACAUGACCGAGGAAAAGCUGUACGACAGCGUCAAGGAGCACUGCGAGGUGACGCAGGUGUUCAUUUUCUACCCGCUCGGUUACGUGCAUUUGGGCAAGGAUGUGGAUAAGGUGGAAGUGUUGGAAAAGCUGAAUGCGGCCGGCCUGAAGGCGUACGACGUGAACGGUCGCGACCAGAACCAGCACGUGGACCUGUGGCGUGCCGCCAAGCUGUUCUUCCGCAAUCGCAACCGAGUGCAGCUGCUGAACAUACCCCAGAAGUGGGUAGAAAAUACGGACGAGCUGAAGAAGGCAUGUUCCGAGGCGGGCACCAUCACGGAAGCGAUUUCGAAUAACGUCAGCCAGGGAUCGUCCAACUAUUACGCUCGCAUUUUCUUCGAAACGGAGGAACAGGCUGCCAAGGCUGCCGAACUGCUGAAUGGCAAGGUGUUCGAGGGCAAGCGCAUCCAUGCCUUACAUCUGUCGUCCGCUUUGCUGCCCAACUACAAGACGUCCGUGUACGUGUCGCCAUUGGAGCGCACCGUCACGGAAGAGGAUGUGUACGAACAGUUCAAGCAGUACGGUGAGAUUGAUUUCGUCAAUCGUCGCAACUGUGGGGAGAGUGCUAUCGUGUGCUACAAGACGUCGGAGGCGGCAGAGAAGGCGCUUGCCUGUACCACCUUCCCGGCCCCGACCGAAGCCAACAAGGAGGCCACCAAAACCGUCGCCGUAAAGCGGUACGACGGACCGCUGGUGCUGCGUGCCGCAGGCGUGAAGCGCAAAGCAACUGCCCAGCGCACGACCACCGAUGGCAAAACACGUAAACCCCGCGCUCCCGACGGCCCGGAUCGCGACAAGUCGCACAAGGACAUUCUGCAGAAGCUACAAGCCUUCUACCCUGUGUACGUGUCCAACAUUCCCUUCGGCUGUCCCGGACGCGUCAUCCGUGAGUUCUUUUCCUCUCUCGGCGGUGAGGUGAAGUUUAUCUUCUCUCCUCAGCACUACUUGCCGUACCGGCUCAGCUCGCCGCAACCGGUCAAAACGGCUAUGGUGUACUACACGCGUCGUAACGAUAUGAUGAACGCAAUCAAGCAGCUCGACAAAAAGAUGCUAAACAACCAGCACCUGCACGUGCUUCCCGGUCGCGGAGAUACGAACUUCAACCAGCAGAAGACGGUAAAGCUGACGAAGAUCAAUGAAUCCCUUUCGGAGGAUGCCAUUUUCCGCAAGAUGCGCCCGCUAGGUAAAGUUGUACGUUUGACGAAAAAGAAUCGCUCACUGGCAUUUGUCGAGUUUGCCGACAGUGCCGAUGUUGAGAAGGUCUUGAAAAUGAAGCAGGAAGAGCUGCCGAUCAAUUGUACCUUUUCAAAGAUCACGAAAGACGUCAGCCGCCGGCUGUACAGCGAGUCUGAUCCUCGCAUUCUGGGUACGGUGGUGCGCUUGUUGCGACGUAACCCAAGGAUGCUAAACAAAACCACCGGGGCCGGUCCACUGAUGAGCGGCAACAAUGUCGUUGGCACUCCCGGUGGAUUCGGUGGUGGCAAGCGGCCUCGUAUGAAUGGUCCUCCUGGUUUCGGCAAUGUACCGCCCUUCAAUCCCAAUAAUGGUGGCAAUAAUCUUAAUAACAGCCAAGCCAUCCAGGACCUGCUGCGCCUGGCGUUCAUGUCUGGCAAGAACGUUGGCGAAAGCCUUGCCGCCGGCGGUGGCAAUGUUGGUGGCAAUCAGGGCCCCAACCGCGGCGGCGGCGGCGGCGGCGGUUCUUUCAAUAACGCCGAUCCACCAAUUUCUAACCAGGGCAGUGGCAACAAUGCCUUUGGUGGUGGUGAUGGCGGCUUCGGCACCGGUGGCGGCCGUAAUAUGAACAAUCGCAAUCAGAACAUGAACUUCCGCGGUGGUAACCGCAACAAUCAGAACAACAACGUCGGUGGCAAUCGAGGCCUCGGCAACAGCAACAACAAUGCUGGUAACAAUAAUUUCGGCAACCAGAACCAGAACAAUAGUGGUGGCCCGCGUGGCGGAAACGUCGGUGCGCUCGGUGGUGGUGGUGGUGUUGGUGGUGGUGGCAACAACAGCGGUGGUAAUAUGAUGAACAACCGCAACAACAUGAAUAACAUGGGCAACCGCAACAAUAGCAACAAUAUGAAUAUGAACAACAAGCGCACCGGAGGCAACAAUCUGCCACAGCAGAAUUCCGCCCUCCCGGUGGGCGGUGCCGUUGCCGGCGGGGUUGGCAAUCUGAACAAGGGCAGUGGUGGCAUGCGGGGCAACAAUCAGGGCAUGGGUGGUGGUGUCAGUGGUAUGGGAGGCAGCGGUGGGGGUGGCAUGGGAGGCGGGGGAGGUAUGAGUCGCUCGAACAACAUGGGCGGGGGAGGAGGUGGUGGUGGUGGAAUGGGAGGGGGCAACAACAACCGCAACACCCGCAACAGUAACUUUAACGAUAACAGUUCAUUUGGCGGUAGCGGUACCAGCGGUAGCAACAGCAACAACAACACGUUCGGUGGUAGUAGCAACAACUUUGCGAGCGACAACUUUGGCGGUGGUCGCAACAAUGAUAGCUAUUCGAACGACAACUUUGGCGGUGGACGCAAUGACAAUUACGCCAGCGACAAUAACUUUGGCGGCAAUAGUGGCGGCGGCGGCGGCGGCCGUAACAACUUUGGCAACCGCAAUAGCGACAACUUUGGUGGCGGCCGUAACGAUAACUUCGGCGGUGGCAGCUCCAAUUUUGGCGGCAAUGCAUUCGGUGGCAACAACAGCCGCUUCGGCAACGACAAUGAUGGCCCGUUCAGUGGCAACAGCAGCGGUAAUGUGAGCGGCGGAAACAAUAACUUUGGCUUGAAUAACCGCGGCGGUAACAAUUCGUCCAACAGCCGCUUCAGCGAUGACAAUAUCGGUGGCGGCGGCGGCGGCGGAUACGGAGGUGGUAACACCAACAACCGUGGCAACAAUUUCAAUGAUAACAGCAACAACUUUGGUGGCAACAACCGCGGCAGCGGCGGGGGCAACCAGAAGCCCCAGGGCCUGUUCAACCUCGGUGGGGGCGGCUCUGGCGGUGGCAACCUCGGCGGAGGUAGCAACAUGUCGUUUAACAAUUUUGGCGGCGGCAACUCGAACAACUCGGGUGGCAAUAACUUCCGCAAUAACGACAACAGCAAGGGCAGCUGGAUGGGGGGCAAUAACAGCAAUAACAGUGGUCUGGGUGGAGGACGAUCCAACAACAACCAGGACAGUAUUGGUCGUCUGGCGGGCAGCUUGUUUAGUCGUCGCUUCUAAACAAGCAGUUGGGUUUCCCUUUUUUCCCAUUACGAAAAAACCACACCAAACGAGUGUUGUUGAUGGUGUGUGAGUGUGUGAGAGUUUUUUAAAUCCGCGACCACACCAACACUUUUGCGAUUCUCUUCUGCAUCCUUGACAAAGUACGAUAGUUGCGACUUGAUUAGAGAGUCGUUCGCUAAUCUACAUGGGUAACGAUCACCACCCUUCAUCGGAAAUCCCUAACCAUCUCGCACACCACCCCACCUCACGUACGAUAGUAGUGUAGUAGCCAAACGUUCAGUGGGAAUGUUGCCCAGUAGAGAGUAUAGGGGUUAUGCUUAAGGUAUCGAUAGUUCUCGAUAUAUGAUUCAAACUGUAAAUUGCAAACGAAGAUGCAGACCAAAACUACUACUACUACUACACCGCGCCUUUUUCGUUCGUUCUUAUGCCUCCGCUUAGUUCAUAUUCUUUACUGCGAGAUGUGUAGCACGUAACUAUCAUGUUUUACCAGUUUUGUUUUUGUGAACACAAUUUAUUUAUUAUUAAUUCGACGGUUCGCAGCUUGCAACGCGUAGCGCACUCCCAGUACUCUUCCAAUAUAUUUUUCUGUUUCAGUAGGAAGAGCAGAGCCCUUGUCUUUUGUGCUGUCAGACACGCAACAUUUUAAUAACCAUACUCGAUUUAUAUGUAUAUCGCAAGGAGUGCAAAGAUACUUAGGAUUAGCUGAUAAAACGAUAAGGUGAACCCAGAUACAAAUAACUUAGGAUAACAUUAUUUUAUACACAACUACAUUCUUUAGAAAUGUAUUCAAAAAAACGAAAUGUUGAACGGAAAACUGAACCCCCCCCCCCUUGCUGCUGCUAACCACAGAAAUGCACGAAAAUACUGUUUAUUGUGAGACCUGUCCUGUGUUGGGGGUUUGGUUGAAGCAACUAGUGCGAGCACAAUAUCGUGUUAAUUUGAAGCAAUUCUUUGCGUUUUUUGUACUCAAUUUCGCUCCCAUAAGCGAUCACUGCAUUGCUCAAAAUGGCAGAACGCAAAGGAAUCAUUUUUGAUUGAUCGAUUUGAAGAAUAAAAAAUAGACAACAAUUAAAG